AUGAGGGGAGGCAGGGAUGGAGCCGCACUCGUGACAGCGUGCCGAGCGCUCACGCGCAUCCCUCCUCCCGCCGAGAUGCAGCAGGGCCGGCCAUCCCUCUGCUGCGUCUCCACCAUCCGCAGCUCGCAGGGACCACCCGAGCCAGCCACCGCUGCCGCCUCUGCUCACUUCAGCUUCUGCCGCAGCCUCCUGGAGCACACGGUGUCGGCCGAGAACCUGAGCUACCGCCUGCAGCGCGCCGCGGGCAGCAGCCUCACCUGGCACGACGGCCGCAGCCAGCGCCCAGACGGCACCGGCCGUACCGUCAAACUCCUGCGGCAGCCGGGCACCGAGGGCUCACAGGUCCGUGGCUGUGACCACUAUGGCAUCUACCACACCAGCCCCACGCUGGGCAGCCUGGUCAAGCCAGUGGUGCUGUGGACCCAGCAGGACGUGUGCAAAUGGCUGAAGAAGCACUGCCCACACAACUAUCUCAUCUACGUCGAGGCGUUCUCCCACCACGCCAUCACAGGCCGGGCGCUGCUGCGGCUGAACGGGGAGAAGCUGCAGCGCAUGGGGAUCGCGCUGGAGGCGCAGCGCCAGGAGCUCCUGCAGCAGGUCCUGCAGCUCCAGGUGCGCGAGGAGGUGCGGAACCUGCAGCUGCUGAGCCAAGAUUGCACCAACACUGUGAACCGAGCUCCGCUGGGAUGGGCUGUGCAUCGCCGAUACGAGACCUGA